CCGCCCCCGCCGGCCUCUCAGCGGGGAGGUUGCCGGCGGGCGCCAGGAGCGUGCGCGGCCACGUGACGGCCGCUAUAAGAGCGCUCGGGGCCCACGCUCCGCUCCCGCCGCGCCUCCUCCCUGGCCGCGCUCCCUCCCGGCACCCGGCUUCUCCUAGCCAGCAACCUGCGGCAGCGGCGGCCGCCCAGCCCCUCCCGGCAGCACCAUGACAGAUCAGGCCUUUGUGACACUGACCACAAACGAUGCCUACGCCAAAGGAGCUCUGGUCCUGGGCUCGUCUCUGAAACAGCACAGGACCACCAGGAAGCUGGCCGUGCUUGCCACUCCACAGGUCUCGGACUCCAUGAGAAAAGUUUUAGAGACAGUCUUUGAUGAAGUCAUCACAGUAGACGUCUUGGACAGUGGUGAUUCUGCGCAUCUAACCUUAAUGAAAAGGCCUGAGUUGGGUGUCACAUUAACUAAACUCCAUUGCUGGUCACUUACACAGUAUUCGAAAUGUGUGUUCAUGGAUGCAGAUACUCUGGUCCUGGCAAAUAUUGAUGAUCUUUUUGAGAGAGAAGAAUUGUCGGCGGCACCAGACCCAGGGUGGCCUGACUGCUUCAAUUCUGGAGUCUUUGUUUAUCAGCCUUCAGUUGAAACAUACAAUCAGCUGUUGCACCUUGCUUCUGAGCAAGGCAGUUUUGAUGGUGGGGACCAGGGUUUACUGAACACAUUUUUUAACAGCUGGGCAACAACAGAUAUCAGAAAACACCUGCCAUUUAUUUAUAACUUAAGCAGCGUUUCUAUAUACUCCUACCUCCCAGCAUUUAAAGCAUUUGGGGCAAAUGCCAAAGUUGUGCAUUUCCUGGGACGAAUCAAACCUUGGAAUUAUACUUACGAUCCUAACACAAAAAGUGUCAAAAGUGAGUCCCAUGAUCCCACCAUGACUCAUCCAGAGUUUCUCAACCUGUGGUGGGACAUCUUCACCACCAACGUGUUACCUCUGCUUCAACAAUUUGGCCUUGUCAAAGACACCCACUCAUGCCCGACUGUGCUUUCAGACUUGGUCUAUACACUGGCUUUCUCUUGUGGCUUCUGUAGAAAGGAAAGUGUCUCAGGAGCCAUAUCACAUCUGUCCCUCGGGGAGAUCCCGGCUGCGGCACAGCCUUUUGUGUCCUCAGAAGAACGGAAGGAGCGGUGGGAACAGGGCCAGGCUGAUUACAUGGGAGCAGAUUCCUUUGACAACAUCAAGAGGAAACUUGACACUUACCUCCAGUAGAAACACUGCCAUUUUCCCAUGGACACAUCCACUUCACAGGCCCUUGUUUCAGAUACUUAGUGUCUAGAUCUGGGUUAGGAAAGGUCUGUUACAGUUGCUAGAAGCUUUGCUAGAAUUCAUCAGAUGAGGGGAUUUUGCAGGACAACGGGGAGAACUGGGCAAAAGUUGUGAAGUAGCCGUUCUGUUAUGUGGACAGCAUUCUGCUUUUUAACCCUAGGCUUAUUCAUUAUUCAGUUGUGUUGGAAGUUCUUAAUUUUGCUGAUGGCCAACAUAUGUGGUGGUAAGGGAAGCUCAAGCUAAUUAAAAUGGCUUUAUCGACUCUAAGAAUGUGCCAAUGCAGGCUCUAAACCAGUCUCCUUUCAGAAAGGGACAAGGUAUCUCUCUCUCUUUCGCUUGCACGUUGUACCUUUCACUAGACCUGCAUUUUAUUUAGAAUUGCCCAGAGACUGCCAGAGUGAUUGUAAUUCUGCUUUCAGGUGAAGACAGCCUGUAACACUGCUGAGUGAUUCAUAAACCUAUCAACAAAUGGUGUUAACCCAUUUUAUUUCCUAAUUGUAGUGUCUGAAAUUGUUCGCCAGUUUUCUAUGUACAGUAAGGCAGCAUGCUAAAAUGCUUUUGUUCAGUUCUGUGUAUCUGUAAACAGCUUGUGCUCUCUGAUGGUUACCUGCGGUGGCACCUUGUAUGAAAAUAAAGACUUCUUGCCAUA